AUGGUCUGCACCAAGAAGUCGAGUGCCGUCGCAGCCGUGGCCACCGCCGCGAGCUCUUUCUACGGCGGCUACAACGCCACAGCCCCGACUGGCGUGCCAUCCCCGACCGGCUCCUUUGCCCAACCACAAGUGGCUGCCGUUGCCGCCCCGGACAGCGGCUCGUCUUCUGCCGCCGCCGGCGCCGCCAACUCGGGCAUCAAAGGCUUCAACUACGGCGCCUUCUUCCUCGACCAGCAGGCCAAGGUCCAGAACGACUUCGAGUACGAGUUCACAAAGGCCCAGAACCUGGCCAACACGACCGGAUGGAACAGCGCUCGUCUGUACACAACGGUCCAACACGGAACCGCCAGUGACCCCAUCCAGGCCAUUCCUGCCGCCAUCUCAACCAAGACCACCCUUCUGCUCGGCAUGUGGGUGUCUGGCAGCGAGACGGCCAUCGACAACGAGCUCACCGCCCUGAAGUCAGCCAUCUCCACCUACGGCUCCGCCUUCACGGACCUGGUCGUCGGCAUCUCGGUCGGCUCCGAGGACCUGUACCGCGCGGCCCAGGGCGACUCCUCCAGCCCUGGCGUCGACGCCGACGCGCUCAUCAGCUACAUCCAGAAGGUGCGCGACGCCAUCGCGGGCACCGAGCUGGCGAGCGUCCCCGUCGGCCACGUCGACACGUACGACAGCUUCGAGAACGGCACCAACACCGCCGUCGUCGACGCCAUCGACUGGAUCGGCUUCGACGGCUACCCCUACUGGGAGAAGGCCAACGGCAACUCGAUCGAGGCCGCCCACGACCUCUUCUACACGGGGCUCAACAAGACCAAGGCCAUCUCCAAGGGCAAGCCGGUGUACGUCACCGAGACCGGCUGGCCCAUCAAGGGCGACGACUUCGGCUCCGCCGUCGCCGGCCCCGCCAACGCCCGCACCUACUGGAAGGACAUCGCCUGCACCCUGGUCGAGAGCAACGUCAACCUCUGGUGGUACAACCUGCAGGAGUCCCAGAACGGCCAGGCCAAGCCCGACUUUGGCAUCUUCGGCGCCGGUGACCUCAACCAGGUCGCCCAGAGCUACGACCUCUCUUGCCCAUAA